AUGCCCGCGCUUGUUAUACGUACAGCUCUCAGAGCAGGGCGAUCAGCUGCAUUCAAGAACACAAAAUCCCAGGCAAUACUGCUGAAUAGAACAUCUGCAAGAUACAAUUCUUCAUUCACUACACCUGAAACGCCGCCUACCCCAACGCCGAGUCAACAGCUAUACACGCUCAAUGAAAUAGAUAAACUCACGACUUCGAUAGCUCAAUCAUCCACUGGACCAAUACACCACCUUUCUCCCCUUGUCAUGCGUGCACUACCAGCUCCUUGGCUAUCAUCAUCAUCUCCAGAUCUCGCUUCACAGGGUGAUACGACUUCAGCGGAACCUCAUACACAGCCUGAACAACCAAUAAGCGAGGAAGAACUACUCAGACCCAGACACAUGAGUGAAAGUUUUACAAGCUUUGAUUUACCACUGGCUAGUGAUGCGAAAUUGUAUGAGAGAUACGUUAACACCUCUGGAGGAUUCAGAAUGGGCAAGUUGCUGGAACAUCUCGAUUCGUUAGCAGGAGCUGUAGCAUAUCGCCAUUGUUUGCCCACACCUAAAUCUGCACGAAAUAGUGAUUCUGCCCAAGCUUUUCACGACGUAUCGUCUAGAGCUGGAUUGUACCUGGCCACAGCUAGUGCAGACAGGUUGGAUAUGUUCGGAAGGUUGAAUAGGGAGAACGUCAGGGAUCUUAAAUUCUCAGGAUUUGUUACUUGGACAGGUCGAUCAUCCCUUGAAGUAGUAGUCAAGAUGGAAGGACAUAGACCUUCGGAUUCACCCGGCCAGUUCCAAACACUAAUGCUAGGUCGGUUCGCUAUGGUAUGUCGAGAUUCAAGAACACAUAAAGCAAGACAGGUGCCAAGGUUGUUAGUGGAGAGUCAGGAGGAAAAGGUGUUAUGGGCGAUUGGUGAAGAACAUCAGAAGAGACGUAAGACGAGUGCUAUGAAUGCUCUGGAUAAGGUACCGCCUUCAUCAGAAGAAGCGGAGGAAUUACACAAGUUGAUGCUUCUAGUAUCCACGAAGGAGGAAGUUGACGGAGAGAAAUUGGUUCCUAUGCAGGACACGGAGAUACAAACCGUGCAAUUGAUGUUCCCUCAAGAUAGAAAUCUGCAUGGAAAGGUAUUUGGAGGUAUCUUGAUGCGAUUGGUGAGUGAAAACCCCGCUGAACUGUGCUUUACCAAUGCUGCACUAUUCUCACAAGCCCCAAUGCGAUUUUUAGCUUUAGAUCAAAUCACUUUCCGAUUACCGGUACCCAUAGGUGCUGUGUUGAGAUUAUCAUCUAAGGUGGUCAAGACUACUAAGCCUCACGACGGACCUGAUGGCGAAGCUAAAGUACAUAUAAUGGUCACAGCUGAAGUGGAAGAGGUUGACACUGGAGUACGAAGGGAGACUAAUACUUUCUUCUUCACCAUGGCCAAAGAAGACCAUGAACCUAUAGGUAGAAGUGUGAUACCCUCAACAUAUGUAGAAGCAAUGCAUUAUCUUGAAGGAAAGAGGAGGAUAGAAGUCGGUGAUGAGAUGAGAAGCUUAUAUCAAGCCGGACAAUUGUAG